GAGCUGCGAAACUCGCCAGGAUAAACAAAAACAUGAUGAUACGUAGGAUCAAUGAGUUACCAGAUGACUUGAUCGUGAAGAUAUUCUCAACGGUUCCACCGUUUAAAGAGAGCGUUGCAACACGUCUCUUAUCAAAAUGGUGCGAGGAUCCUUGGAAACUUGGCCCGGACGUCACGGUCGAAGAUGAUGACGAGAAGCGUUCCAUGAGUUUUCUUUCUCUGUUUUCUAACGAUGCUCCAACUCUAGAGACAAUGCGUCUCAAGCUUAUCCGGAAACAUUCGGUUUCAGCCAUCAACUUUUGGGUUCAAACCGCGGUUGACAGAUCUGUGAGAAAGCUGAGAUUCGACUUGUUGGGUGGAACCCUAGAACUGCCGUGUUGCUUAAGUAAUUGCACAACCCUAAAAUCACUGAUACUACGUGACGUGACUAUCAAAGUUGUUCCUUAUGAUUUUCAUUUGCCAUCGCUCAAAAGUCUUCACCUCUUCUCGGUUGAGUUCUUGAACCGCCACUCUGUUGCAAGCCUCUUACAAAACAGCCCUGGUCUUGAAUAUUUGGUAUUAAACCAAACAGUCUACGACGGCUGGAACCGUGGUGGAUCUUCUCCACGUUGGCUCCACUUAUCAUCACUCAAAAGUAUGCACCUCUGCUCGGUUAUAUUCCCUGCCCAUAACUCUAUCACAUAUCUUUUACAGAGUUGCCCGGUUCUCGAGUCUUUGGUUAUAAACCAAAACAAAACUGACUACGUGAUGUUCGAGACUAUUCCACCUGGAUCUUGUCUGUCUUCACUCAAAAGUCUACACCUUUUGUCGGUUAACUUCGUUUCGGAUGAACAUGUAACAACGCUUUUAAAAAAUUGUGCGUCUCUUGAAGACUUGGUUAUACGCCGUACCAAAGAUGACAAUGUGAGGCUAUUUAAUAUCGACGUGCCUACUCUGAAGAGCUUAUCUAUCAAUAACGGGAAAGGGAAACGUUCCCAUGACCAUGGGUUUGUGAUAGAAGCUCCCGCUUUGGAGAAACUCAACUUUAAAGACACAUUCAGUAACUUUCUAAAGUUUGGAUAUAUGCCUGAGGUCACCACGGCGAAUAUCGAGAUUAGUUACGACCAACCGGAGAAAUUUACAGGAUCUUUUACCUACAUCCGACAUCUGUCUCUCUGUUGUCCAGCUUCAGAGACUCCAUAUCCUAGGGGAACUCUCUUUUUCUUUCUUGAACAUCUUGAGCUGUGUACAUGUUCUGCGAGAUGGGCGAAUCUACUUGUUUCUAUACUCAGUGACGAUCCAUCACUUCAGUCUAUCAAGCUUGAGUCCAAGUGUAGUGCUGGUUACAAGCGUCCGAUGGAACUCUGGAUCGAACCAACAGCUGUUCCCGAAUGUUUACUGAAGCAUCUUGAGAUCUUGGAAUGGCGAGAAUAUGAAGGCACAGAGCAAGAAAGAAAAGUGGCUGCCUACAUACUAGCAAACGCAACUUGUCUAAAGAUGGCAACAUUCUCCACAAGAUGUAGAGACAAAUAUACAGAGUUACAGAAAAUGUCCAGAGUUUCAGAUGUAUGUCAGUUAGUGUUUGAGGAAGCUCUUAUGUGA